AUGGCCAUUGCACUGAAAGAGGCAGAAAAUGCUAUUGGCUUGGAGGAAGUCCACACAGAGAGACAAGAACCUCCAAAAGGGCAGAAGACAUUUACAGUGGAAGAAGCCGUGGAAACCAUUGGGUUUGGGAGGUUCCACAUUGUGCUUUUCCUGAUCAUGGGCAGCACUGGGGUGGCUGAAGCCAUGGAGAUCAUGCUAAUAGCUGUUGUGUCCCCUUUCAUCCGAUGUGAGUGGCAGCUUCAAGACUGGCAGGUGGCUUUAGUGACAACGAUGGUGUUUUUUGGCUACAUGGUCUUCAGCAUCAUGCUCGGGCUCCUGGCCGACAGGUAUGGCCGCUGGAAGAUUCUGCUGCUCUCAUUCCUCUGGGCAGCCUAUUUCUCCCUGCUGACCUCGUUUGCCCCAUCCUACAUCUGGUUUGUGUUCCUGCGGGCCAUGGUAGGCGGCGGCGUGUCAGGCCAUGCACAAGGGCUUAUCAUAAAAACGGAAUUUUUGCCCACCAAAUACCGAGGAUACAUGUUGCCCUUAUCUCAGGUGUUUUGGUUGGCAGGAUCCUUGUUAAUCAUUGGCUUGGCAUCGGUGGUGAACCCAACGAUCGGCUGGCGGUGGCUGAUCAGAAUCGCCUCCAUCCCUGGCAUCCUUCUCAUCCUGGUGUUCAAGUUCAUCCCAGAGUCCGCACGGUACAACGUCUCCACGGGAAACGUGGCGGCUGCCUUGGCCACGCUGCAGAGGAUAGCCAAGAUGAAUGGGGUGACAAUGCCCGAGGGGGUGCUGAGGGAGCCUGCCAAGGAAAGGAGAGGAAGAUUCAAGGACCUCAUCCACCCCAAAUACCUCAGAACCACUUUGCAGAUAUGGAUCAUAUGGCUUGGCAUAGCUUUUGCUUAUUACGGCGUCAUCUUGGCCAGCGCAGAGUUACUGGAGCGGGACCUUGUCUGUGGCUCCACUGCACGACCAGUGCAGGACCCUGGCGAUGACUCCGAGGAGAGCCACAGCCCCUGCCACUGCCGCUUCUUUGGGCCCGCUGCCUACCAGACCAUGAUCAUCAGCACAGUUGGAGAGAUCGCACUAAAUCCUUUGAACAUUCUCAGCAUCAAUGUCCUUGGAAGACGACUGAGCCUGUGUAUCACCAUGGGAUGUACGGCCCUGUUCUUUCUUCUCCUCAAUAUCUGCACCUCGAGCACAGGCACGACUGGGUUUCUCUUCAUGCUGCGUGCCUUGGUUUCAGCAAACUUCAACACCAUCUACAUUUACACAGCAGAGGUAGGUCCUUCUGAAA